AUGUCCAACUUACCCACGGUUAUCCUAGUUCAUGGUGCCUGGCAUACCCCACCGAAUUACAAGAGCUACGCCGAUGCUUUGCAGAUGCAGGGGUUCAAAAUGCACUGCCCCCACCUUCCAACAUGCAGCGGUGCCUCAUCUCCAACCGCCUCCCUUCUUAAUGAUGUCGCCGAUGUUCAAGAAGUUGUUAAAUCAGCAGUCGAGGCGGGUGAGCGAGUUUUGAUGAUAAUGCAUUCGUAUGGAGGUGCAGUUGGGACCGGGGCUGCCGAAGGCCUGUCGUUCUCCGAGAGGAAAGCAGCUGGGCUUUCGGGUGGAGUUAUACACCUUCUCUACCUAUGCGCCUACAUACUCGCACCAGGAUCUACAAUUUGGGGAAUUGUACAAGAGGCCGGCUUCGAUAAACUCUGGGACCAAUACAUCGAUACAGCUCCAGAUGGGUCGACAGCCCUGAAGGACCCGGGACUCGGCUUUUUCAGCGGCAGCGCAGAUCAAGCUGUCAUUGAUAGGGCACUUCAAACUUUGGUUUGUUUUCCCUCAUCAGUAUUCCAUGAGAAAACAACAGGUUCUGCGUGGAAGACCGUCCCGACAACCUAUACCAGCGCUCUCAAAGACUAUUCUGUGCCCAAGACGUACCAAAAUAUUAUGCUUGCAAAGGUACUACGGGACCAGGGAGCUGAAGUGAAAGUUGAGGAAUAUGACGCGGAUCAUAGCCUGUUCAUCACUAGGCAAAACGACAUGGUCCACACUGCAUUGAGAGCGGCCGCCGACGAGAGAAAUGUCAUCUAG